AUGUCUUAUUAUGAAAUGAAUACUGUAACUUCUAUUAAGGUUAUAAUUCAUAAUGUAUGCGUGGAGAAGAAUGCAACAUAUGGUGGCACCUGCCUAAAUGUGGGCUGUAUCCCCUCCAAGUCGCUGCUUAACAAUUCCCAUUACUAUCAUAUGGCCAAAGGAAAGGAGUUUGCUGACCGAGGCAUUGAGGUUGACAAUGUGAGGCUUAACUUGGACAAGCUGAUGGGAGCCAAAGAGAAGGCAGUGAAGGCACUCACUGGUGGCAUUGCUCAUCUCUUUAAGAACAACAAGAUUGUUGGGGCCAUGGGGAAGAUCACAGGGCCCAAUGAAGUGACGUCCUCAAAGAAGAUGGCUCUAAUGACCCCUGCAAGACCAAGAACAUUCGAUUGCCCCACCGGCUCUGAGGUUACUCCCUUCCCAGGCAUCCCUGUAGAUGAGGAGCAGAUUGUAUCCUCCACUGGUGCGCUGAAGCUCAAGAGUGUUCCUGAGAAGUUGAUUCUCAUUGGGGCUGGUGUCAUUGGCCUUGAGCUUGUGAGUAUUAAAGCAAAGGCAGUUUCAGGUAUUUGGCUGUGGUUACUUAACUUUAUUUAUAUGUGUGUCUCUCUGUUUGUGGAGUGA